CUACUGAUAUUUAUUUGCCCAUCAUCUCUUCGGCCCCACCACCGCACCGGCCUCGCUCCUGAUAGAUUUCCGCCACGCUCGCAUUCCUUCAUUUGAUAUCCUCCUCUGCAUCCCAUAUCAAAAAACAGAGGAAAACCGGAUAGAAGAGAGAAGAGAGAGCCGAAAAGAGAGACUCAUUGGUUGGUACUAGUUGUAUCAGUCGAGAUGUUGAGGGGGAGCACGGGGCUCAUAGGAGUGGUGAACUUUAUAACGUUUCUGGGGUCGAUUCCGAUACUGGCAGGAGGGAUAUGGCUGGGCGCCAGGGCCAACAACACGGACUGCAUCCGCUUCCUCCAGUGGCCUAUCAUCAUCAUAGGGGUGACCAUCAUGGUGAUCUCGCUCAUGGGCUUCGCCGGCGCCUGCUACCGCAUCUCCUGGCUUCUCCGCCUCUACCUCUUCGUCAUGUUCUUCGUCAUCGUCGCCCUCGUGGGGUUCAUCAUCUUCGCCUUCUCCGUCACCGACCGCGGCCACGGAGAGGUCAUCAUGAACCGCGGCUUCCUCGAGUACCAGCUCAACGACUACUCUGGGUGGCUUAAGGACCGCGUCUCCGACCCUGGCUACUGGCCCAAGAUCAGCGCCUGCCUUCGCGACGCCGGCGCCUGCAAGGGGAUGGCCCACUAUGUCCGUGACCCGACCACCGGCAUGCAGAUGCCGGAGUCCGCCGACAUGUUCUACCGGCGCAAUCUCUCCCCCAUCGAGUCUGGGUGCUGCAAGCCGCCCACAUCAUGUGGCUUCACUUAUGUUAAUGAGACGUAUUGGACUCCUGGAGGAGGAGGGAUCGCGGUGCCCGACACUGACUGCAACCAGUGGAACAACGACCAGCGGCAGCUAUGCUACCAGUGUGACUCCUGCAAGGCUGGGGUUCUUGCGAGCAUCAGGCACAGCUGGAGGAAGGUCUCCGUGAUCAACAUUGUGGUGCUGAUCGUUCUUGUGAUCGUAUACGUCCUUGGAUGCGCUGCAUUCAGGAACAGCAAGAGGAUAGAUAACGAUGAGCCAUUCGGAGAGAACAGGAUGACUAAAGCAAGGCCUAGCAGGAUCCAGUUUUAAACAGGCCUGCAAGAUAUCAGUGUUAUGUAAAAAAGAAGGUAUUGGACACUUGGAUGGAUUAGAAGGUUGGGUAUAUGAUCGUCACUUGUAUCCUUUUUAUUUCAACAGCAAUUGCUUCUUGGUCUUUUGACAGACCUGAGGAAGAGCAGGAGGCUUGUGUCAAAUUUCUGUAUGCUUGUUUUAUCCUUGUAGUUUUGUUUCGGUCCAUCCUGUUUCAGUACAGUACAAGCUAUCUACUGAAAAAAAAAGCAGUUAUUGCAUCCCUAGUCUCCUAGAAGUUUUAUUUUAGCCUUUUUUUUCACAUAUUAUGCAGAAAUUGGAAUGAGUUUUGCUUGUGUUGAA